CUCAACAGGUACACGUAGCACACCGACCUCACCAGAGUGAAGGGGAGAGAGAGAGAGAGAGAGAGAGAGAGAGAAGGAGAGAGAAGGAGAUAGAGUAGUCACUCAGGGAGUACCCAGACAACCUGCCCUAUGUGUGGACCUCGUCAAGGCUACACACCCCAUUCAAGACGGAGGAGUGCUUCCUCCUUCAGCACAGUUCAUCCGCUGUUUGUGGUGCUUGGUGAUUUUCCACUCCUCGGCCUCCUGCUCCCAGCCCAAAACAGCCAUGCUAACCCCAGACCGCUUCCCCCAGUCCAACACCACAGGGGUUACAACACCGCCCCGGUCCAAUCCAGACCCACUGGACAGCGACAUGACACUCUGGAGUGAGGCUGAGUUCCGGGAGAGGUGCACCUGCUUCGUGAAAGACCGUCCUCUGGACGAGGACCUGGGGAACAAGCGGGAAGCCCAGGACAAGAGCAUGGCUGAGUGGUCUCUACCCGCGAACCUGGUCCUGAAACGCUGCCCUGAUUCCGCAGAGGUGCUCGGUGUGACCAGUCGGGAGUUAAUUCGGAAGGGAACGGGGUUCGGUCCUCUGGUUGGCCAGUGCUACACCAAUGACACGGUCCCCAAAAAUGCCAACAGGAAGUACUUCUGGAGGGUGUUCUCAGAUGGUCAGUUACAUCACAUCCUGGACGGCUUUGAUGAGGGCAAAAGUAACUGGAUGCGCUACGUCAACCCUGCUUGUAGCCCUGAGAACCAGAACCUGGUGGCAUGUCAGAAUGACAUGGCCAUCUACUUCUACACGGUCAGAACUGUGCCACCGGGCCAAGAGCUACUGGUGUGGUACUGCCCAGAGUUCGCCCGUCGCCUCAACAACCCCGCCCCCGGAGAGUUCAUCGCAGAAAGAUCUGAGCGGAGCCAGACUGACAGGAAGAGGUCAGUGAAGAGGGGUUACAACAUGUCAGACAUCCUGCGCAAGGAGCCGUACGAGCCCUCACGCUCGCCUGACUCUGCACAAUACCCGACAAUCUGCAGCCCCAUACUACCCCUCUGCCCUCGUGUCGUCUACCCCACCUGUACCCCUAUCAGCUACAUCAGCCCUCCACUACCCAAAAGGACCCCCAUCGACAGCCCUGUCACCCCGCACAUUCCCUUUCCCGUCAGGCACACCCCGGAUGGCCUCGUCAUAACCAAACAUUACCCAGAGUCCUCGCUGCUCGGCCGGGUGUACCCUAGUCCCUACCUGGCACCUCACUACCCACUCACCCUAAACAGCCUACUAACUCUCACAUACCCCCUGUACAGUGACAGACUGGCUCCUUGUCUUUGGCCUUCAGAAGGGUACCCUCACUUCCUACACCCGUUAACUAACGGGCACAAAGAGAGCCGGGUGGCGCUGACCACCAGCCCCCAGGACCGCUCAUCGACGAAUGGCAGCAGAGAGCUGCCCCUUGCACUGACCGAUAGCAAAAAAGACCUCAGUCAUUUAAGCACCAGCGGGCGCAAACACUUUGUGGACCCUGCGCCUUCACCGAAGAACGGUGUUAGAAACCCGACUGUGACGCAGAUAGACGGCUUCAGGGACUCAAAGCGUUCGCCUGUAAUCAGUGUCCUUGAAGACCAGCCUCUACCAGCAACCACCAGGGUCUCUGCCAUGGCUUCCCCUCCUGCGCCCAGGGGAGGCUCACCCCCUGCAGGCCUGGCUGCCUCCUCCGACGGCCUCCCCUCCAAGCCCACAUCUGCCCAGCUGAGCUCAAGCCCUAGUGCUGGGGAGGGUGCGGUUGACCUUCGGAAGGAGAGGCGAGCCGGACGGGUCAUCGGAUACAAGACCCUGUCCUACCCGCUUACCCGGAAGAACGGGAAGAUCCGGUAUGAGUGCAACCUCUGCCGCAAGAUCUUUGGUCAGCUGUCCAACCUCAAGGUUCACCUGCGGGUUCACAGUGGAGAGAGGCCCUUCAGAUGUCAGACCUGCAGUAAGGACUUCACCCAGCUGGCACAUCUGCAGAAACACUUCCUGGUUCACACCGGGGAGAAGCCACACGAGUGUCAGGUGUGUCGCAAACGGUUCAGCAGCACGAGCAACCUGAAGACCCAUCUGCGGCUACACUCCGGCGAAAGGCCCUACCAGUGCAAGCUUUGCCCGGCCCGCUUCACCCAGUACGUCCACCUGAAGCUCCACAAGCGGCUGCACACCGGCGAGCGGCCCCACCGGUGCCCACGCUGUCCGCGUGCUUACCUCCACCGCUGCAGCCUCCAGGUGCACCUGCAGGGCUUCUGCCCCGCGGGCGCCGGCCCGUCGCCUGAAGAGAUCCGCUGCGUCAACACAGAGAUCGAGCAGUUUGACCUGAGCGAAGCGGCGGAGCGCUUGGACGCCAUGAUGUCGGAACCGGAGGCCGAAAAGGGGGACGGCAAAAUUAGCGUUUUACUGCGGGAGAUGGAACCGAAGACCUUCGGCCACCGGGGCAGUGCGGACCAGACCAUGUUGUCAUUGGCACGUGGUCUCUUCAAAGCAGCGGCAGCAAGGUAGUGACCGGUCCUUGGGUUGCAGCAUCACAGCCAACAUCUACCUCUGCAUCCAAAUCAAACAGGAGCCAGGCCAUGUGAAACAAAAUACCACUUAUAGACCACCUGCUGUGGCCUGGUCACUCCACAUAGACUGUAGUUUAUAUUAUUACAACAACUGUCCAUUUCUAUCCCUUUAUUAACAAACAAAAAAAAAAGUCCUCUUGCAUUGUUAGGCAGGAACCUGCAGGUAAGAAUGUUUUUGUGUGGUUUGUGUGGUGUAUCCAAUGUGUAUCCUUUGUGUGUCCUAUGUGUAUCCUUUUCGUAUCCUAUGCAUAGAACCAUUUACAACUUCAAAUGAAAAAGGAUAUACCAAGUACUGCCUGGAUUGGAUCAGCAUUGAUCUUUUGAAAAAGUAUAGAAGAGACAGUGUACCUAUAAUCCAGCGUGGUGACAUUUGCUUGAUGAUGACCUUUACUGUUUGAAAAUGCGCUUGGACGCCACUAAAGGGAUAUUUCCUCUCAGGGCUAUGUGAAAAAGUGUAACAUUACCAUGAGAACCUUACUGUAAGAACAUACAAUAUAUUCUAUGUUUAUUGUACCUAUGCUAUUCUCUGCCUUAUUAGUAAUUUAUUAUAUAGUUUAUUGUAAGCAGUGGAAAACACACCCAAAGACUGAAAGAUAUGCAGAAAGGAUUUAUAUUUUGUAAUUUUGUUGAUGAUGUUCAGUAAUGAAGAGAGAAUUCAUGCUUAAAUAAAUUUUGUG